AUUGCUACGUCAACACUAACGACUUCCGGUAAACGAUGGCUUCUGUAUUUACAACUGUCAAACAACUUGUGGAGGAAAAUUCGCAAGAACAGUUCUUGGAUGCUGCUAAACUACUGCUAAAGUUUGCAGAUAAUGUUAUCAAUAAUCCGACUGAACCAAAAUAUCGGAAGAUACGACUUGGAAAUCCCACAGUAGAAUCCAAAUUACUCCCGGUUGCUGGGGCUUUGGAGUGCUUGUUUGAGAUGGGAUUUGUUGAGGAUGGGGAAUUCCUGACAUUACCACCAAACACUUCCCUUGAAAUCAUAAGACAGAUUCGAAAGGAUUUAAAUGAAUAUGUUGAGACGAUGGGGAAAGUAAAUGGAGAACAAGCAUCACAGACUCCAACUCCACCAGUCACCAUCAGGGCACCUCCUCAAGCACCUGCCACCACUGGGGCACCAUCUCAAACACCUUCCACCACCAGGGCACCACCUCAAGUACCUGCUACCACCAGGAUGCCACCUAAUCCUCUACAGGAUAAAUCUCAGCAGGAAAUUAAUCAAAUGGAAAGAAGGUUCUUUAGCAAAAUACAGAAUAGUCUUGUCCAUGUUUUGAUGUAUGAAGAUCCAACACUUCAAAAGAAAGCAAGAGCUAUAAUCCCAGUAGAAACCUUGAAAAAGGAAGCUCAUAGAAAGUUAGAGGAAAUCAAGAAAGCUGAAAAGGCAGCAGUGACAAGCAUAGACUUCAGAGACCUCAUGCUGUUGGAAUUAUUAGCAUGGUUCAAAAACUCUUUCUUUAGCUGGGUGGAUGCACCAAAGUGUGAUAACUGUGGUGGAGAGACUCAGAGUGUUGGAAUGGCAGAGCCAACUCCAGACGAAAUCCGAUGGCAGGCCAACAGAGUGGAGAACUAUAAAUGCAACAGAUGCCAAAGGUUCGUCAGAUUUCCCAGAUACAAUCACCCUGAAAAACUCCUUGAAACCCGGUGCGGCCGGUGUGGGGAAUGGGCCAAUUGCUUCACUCUGUGUUGUCGGGCUGUGGGCUUCGAGGCCAGGUAUGUGUUGGACUGGACCGACCAUGUUUGGACUGAGGUGUACUCGGAAAUUCAAAAAAGAUGGCUGCACUGUGAUCCAUGUGAAAAUGUCUGUGAUAAACCUCUUCUAUAUGAGGCUGGAUGGGGCAAAAAACUGACCUAUGUUCUGGCUUUCUCCAAGGACGAAGUUCAAGAUGUUUCUUGGAGGUAUUCUGCAAAACAUGCGGAAAUGCUUGGUAGAAGAAAUGAAUGCAGGGAGUCUUGGUUGGUGCAAGUGGUUCACAGGCUGUGGAAAGCUAAGGAGCCGAGUAAUUCCCCAGAAAGAAAUGAGGAGAUGAAAAGGAGGCUACUAAUAGAGUUGGUAGAGUUCAUGACCCCUAAAUCUAGUGAUGGCCAAAAUUUAUCAGGUAGAACAACUGGUUCCUUGGCUUGGCGGAUGGCUCGAGGUGAAAUAGGUUCAUCCCAGGCUCCAACCAGUGCAGAACCCUUUGUAUUUAAACUCACAGAAGAAGAACGGAGGUCGAAAGUUUUUCAUGUAAAGUACAGCUGUGCCAAGGAUGAAUACAUCAGGGUGUCGAAGAACAGCGAGGUGAUCAAGCCAUUUUCCUCCUGUGUGAACAAGCAGCAAAAUGUAUUUCGGAAGGAAGAGAGGGAUUGGAAGAUGGCUUAUCUUGCCAGGACUGAGGGCUCUUCUUCCGCAGAAAUUUCCUGGAAGUUUGACUUUUCAGGUAUGGAAAUUGACAAAAUAGAGAUUUGUACAUCAAGUCAAACUUUCGAGAAUGGAGUCAUAUCAUGGCGUUUGUGCAGCAAAAACCAGUGUGCAAUGUUGACAGGAGACCCAGAAGUUAAGACCUACAGCGAGCUCUCUGGAGAAGAUGAAAUGACUCUUACGGCCAUGUUGAGUGGAGGGAAGGGAGAAGUUGCAUGGCAACACACACAGAUGUUCCGACAGAAAAUUGACGACACAAACUUUCAUCCUUUAGACGUUAAAGUUUUCUUUAAGUAGUUAGUACAUAAAAUUUUGUAUAAGUGACCUUAAUUUCAAGUUCAUUUUCUAUUUAUACAUGUAAGUCAAUGUAC